CACUAAAAGAGAGAGGGAGGGAAGGAGAGAGACAAACAGAGUGAGAGAGAGCGGGCGAGGUAGUACAGAAAGGGGGGCACUGAGGGAGUUGGAGUACCUUUAGCCUCAGUGGCGGGAACACAGGCAGAUUGACGGCGGGAGAAUCACACCUGAAAACAACAGAAAAACUAAGAGAACAAUAAAACUAAGUCCCUGCUCCAACAUGGCGGGCUCCUGCAGCACCCGUCUGUCCAGGACCUCCUGUCCAACCUCCGACCCCUUCUUCAAUUCAGAACUGCCGCCCAGGUCUCCGCGCCUCCCAACCGCUUUCCUGAGCGGCGAGAGCGGUCGGGUCCCGAUGAGUGUGAACGGAAGGAGCGGCGGCAGCACGGCUCCGCUCACCGACUGUAAGAUGGUGGUGGUUCACGGGCUGGAGGUGGCGUCGUUCUCGGUGAAUGGCGCGGAGCUGAUCUGUCUGCCGCAGGUGUUCGAGCUGUUCCUAAAGCACUGGGUGGGGGGACUCCAUACCGUCUACACCAAGCUGAAGCGGCUCCACAUCAGCCCGGUGGUUUGCACCGUGGAGCAGGUCCGCGUCCUACGGGGGCUCGGUGCCAUCCAGCCCGGAGUGAACCGCUGCAAACUCAUCACCAGAGCCGAUUUUGAGACGCUGUACCGGGACUGCACGAAUGCCAGCUCUCGUCCCGGUCGUCCUCCAAAACGGACUCUGGCAUUGACCACGAUGACUAAUGGAUCCAGACUCCUCCCACAUGCUCUAUUAAGCCCUACCCUGCUUACUCAGACAGGUCUCUCUGCAGGUCUGACUGCAGUGGCGAUGGCCGAGGCUCUGAAACUGCAGAAGAUGAAGAUGAUGAUAGGUUUCCACAGUAACAAUGAUCAGCAGCAACAUCACAAUGGAGCAGAGCCUGAGAAUGUAGACACAGGUCUGACUGAUCUUCCAUUUAUGAUUAUGCCACACCCCAUGAUUCCUGUUGGCCUGCCACCUGCCAGUGUUGCCAUGGCAAUGAAUCAGAUGACUCAGCUGAGUGGUUUGGCAAAUAUGGCAGGUGUGUCACAGGUGGAAAAGGUGGAAAGAGAAGACAGCAAGGACGAGUCUGCAAAAAAACCCUCCCCCUGCUCCUCCCCCAGCCAUGAUGAGCUCCACCCUCAGGAACCAUCCAGAGUAUCUUCGUCAUCCUCAUCAUCACCUCCACCUGCAGCAGACUCACAAGACCUGGAUGGGGACAUCACAGACAGAGAAAACAGAACUAAGGUGUUAAAACAAAAAGAUAGCAGCCUGUUGCCCUGUCCCUUGUUUAAACCACCCUGUGAGAAGCUGCCAUUAACUUCUCAGCCAGUGUCAGUCAACCAUUCAAAUUCUGCCUUGACUCCCGGUCUGUCAUCGAUGGAGACACUGCUCACCAACAUACAGGGUCUCCUGAAGGUGGCCGUGGACAGCGCUCGGUCCCAGGACAAACAAAACCGUCUGGAGAGGAAGGAGUUAAAGCUGGAGCUGGACAGAGAAAGGGAUGUGCGGCAGACUCUACAGAGACAGUUGAACUCUGAACUCCAGAGCAGAGUGUCAAUCCAAAAGAGGCUAAAGAAGGAGAAGAAGGCAAAGAGGAAGCUACAGGAGGCGCUGGACUUUGAGUCGAGGCGAAGGGAGCAGGUGGAGCAAGCGCUCCAUCGUUGCGACUCUCUCACAGAUGCUGCGACUCCUGAGAGUGAACGAGAAAACAAGCAGCAGGAAAACACAGCAGGUCAUGAGAACAGAGCGUUCACUAAAGCCCCGCUUCUCUUCUGAGACACUGAACCAGCUGCUCAGGAUGAAUGGAGACUCUCCGCUGGAUUGGAUCUCCUGAGACAAAAACACCAGACUUAAUAUUUAGUGUCCCAGCCACCGCCUCCUCCUGUUUCUACUCAACUUUUCAUAAUAACUAUAUUAUAAUUAAUAUUUUAGUAUAAACAUGGACUCUAUGGUGUUUCUGAUUGGCUGAAAUGCAAGUUUCCAGUGAAAAGGACGUUUUCUGCUUCACAAUCAUCUAUUUCUUAGCUGUGAUGUUUCAAAAACCUACAGUAAAAUAAUUUUUCACGUUGGGUCAUUUCAUCCUAAAACAACUUGUUCAUUAAUCUCCAAAUACUUGUCCUUCUUUGUCUCUUUCUUCGUCAGUUUAUUGCCAAACUGGAUCUCCUUCUCAUUUUUGGCUUUUCCCAUCAGGGGUGCUACAGCAAACAUUCUUUUCCUAUUUCCAAAAUGGUUCCAUUACUUGAAUCUGAAAGAACUCUCACUCUGUUUCAGUGGUUUUGGUGUAAAUGUCAAGCUGUGAUCCAAAACCAACAUUAACUUCAAAUUUGUGAGCUACAAUAGCUUGUGUGUUGGAUCAGACCACACACUGAUCCUUUGCCUCCCAUGACCCCUCUGUCUGUUAAAAUACAUACGGAGCACCAGCCCACAAGACCUGCAGUUCUGGAGAUGUUGUGACCCAGUCUCCUACACUUGUCAAACUCACUGAAGUCCUUACUGGAGAAAAAUAAAAUAAUAUAGUUGAAGACCGGUUUCAGUUAAUGCUGUGAUGUGAAUGAUGCAAACGCAACUUUCUGCUCUCUGUUUUUAAAAACUGGAACCAAAUCCAUCCCUGCCUCCCAAGGUCAGGUCUAGGUGUGUGUUUGAUGGACGAGAAUUUGAAGUGUGUCAAGACAUUAACCUGUUGUGAUUUAACUUCUCUUUUACUGAACUGGGCCAAUGGAUGUAGCUGCUUCAGCUUCAGAUGUGGGUUCACAUCACACAUCUGAGGACACAUGGCGUGUUUCGUCAGACAGCGGGCUUUGAUGUGAUUGGUCUGCUCUAACCAGAUUCUGAUCAAAAGAGUGUGACAUCAGUGGAGUUGACCAGUCAGCAAGAGCACAUCAAAGGGAAAAAAUAGUUUGCUUUUACUCAAAAAAAAUUGAUGUUUUUAUAUAUCUUUGUUCUGCUAUGUUUGUUUUUUAUUUCAAUUUGAUAAAUAUAAAGGAUGAAUUAUUUUAUUCUUCAGAUCCAGUUCCGAUGGUAAAAUUUAAAUCUAUUAUUGGCUUUGAAUAGAUAAAUUGCACUUGAAUAUCUUCAAAUCAAUGUGUCAGGCAUUAUUACUGAAAGUUUAGUUGUCUGUAAACUUUUCUGUUAAAAAAAAAUAGAUUAAACUAAAUCUAGUUAUAAAUGUAACCACAAACAGUAAAACUUCAUCUUUGAUGUUUGUCUUCCUGUGGGCCGGUCCCUGAGUCCUCAUUAGCUGCAAAGUAAUAUCUUGUCGGCACCAGAAAGAUCCAGAUGUAUAUUCCUCAGUCCAGCUGUCCAUCAACACAAAGAAUGAAAAUAAUUAAUCACUUGUUACACCGUUGACAGUAAUUUGGAGGUUUAAUAAAUCCAUUUUUUUCCUCAA